AUGGCUGGGUCUAUUGAGAAACCGGUUAGGAACGAAGCUAGUGGCGCUUCAGCAAGGAAUAAAGUGGCUGAUAGAUGGAAGAAUAUAGAUUACAAGAAGUUAGGUGAAGAUAUAGCUGGGGCAGACAAUGGAAUUAAGGCUGAGAGAUCUAGUACUAAGUUGAAAAAAGACAAGAAUCAAGGUGAGGACGAUGUUGUGGUAAUUGAUUCGGACUCAGAAACCGGAUCUCAGAGUGAUACCGAUACCGAAGUGUUAAUAGUGAAGGAAUCUGUACCGUCUUCUUCAUCUGUGAGGGACAGGAAACUACAUGACACUGGGAAAGUGAAGGUUGAUUCAAUCUUAUAUGAAUCUGAUUAUUGUUUUAAAUUGAUAAAAUCAACUGUAUUUGAUACUAACUAUGAGACAUUGUCUAAUGAUCAAAAAUCUCAUUUUAUUACUAUGGAUGAUAUCUUUAAUGACCCGAUGCUUAGUUCAACAGUCUUAUUCAGUUAUCAAUAUAACAUGGACUAUCUUUUAUCGUGUUUCCAUCCGAAUUUAGACGAUAUAACAAUAGUGAUGCAAACAGGUUGUAUCUUACCAUUAAGUAAAGACGCACCAGACGCAUUACAUCUAUUAAACAAUAGAAUCAAAUUUGUUGAAAUUGAUAUGCCACCUUAUUCGUCUCAUCAUUCAAAGAUGAUAUUGAAUUUUUAUUCGGAUAAAUCAAUGAGAAUAUUCAUACCUUCGAAUAAUUUUACAGAAGCGGAAAUCACUUAUCCACAACAAGUUUGUUGGUGUAGUCCCAAAUUAAGAACUUUAACUGAUGAAAAUAUUGCUAAAAAAUCAAAUAGAAUAAGUUUUCUUAAUGAAUUGGUAGAAUAUAUUUUUCGUUACCCACAAGACCAUUUCACUAAAAGACUUGUCAAUAAUAUUAAAAAUCACGAUUUUUCAUUAUUAGGUGGGUUGCAUUUCUUAUUUUCUACACCCAAACGUUUUCGACGUAUGUGCACCAUUGAGGAUAAGCAAGGUGAUGAUGAACAAUCUGGGUUAAUCAAGUUUGCUUCAGCGGUACACGAUAUAGAAAAGAAAUUUACUGAGAAAAAUAGGAAUGAACAAAUUCAUUAUUUAGUGCAAACUUCAUCGAUAGGUACUAAGAUACUACAAAGAAAACAUAUGUUUACAGGAUACAUGAUUCCAGAACUAUCAAAUACUGUGACCUAUUCAAAUAAUAUUCAUGGACAUAUACUAUACCCAACAUUACAAGAAGUUUGCAAUUCUCCUGCAUCUUUAUUAUCUGGUGGAUGGUUUCAUUUCAAUUAUGAUGAAUCUAGUGAGCCUUAUAAAUCGAUGAAGCAAAAAAAAAUAUUUGUUAAGCAGGAUCCAAUUGCUACUUCAUUACAGAGAAGAGCCACUCCAUCGCAUUCAAAAUUUUAUAUGAAAUGGACAUCCAAGGAUGAAAAUGAUGUUUCCGUUCCAAAGGAUUCUGUGGAUUGGUGCCUUUAUACAUCUGGAAAUUUAAGUAAUGCAGCUUGGGGUACUAAUAGGACCAAUGCUACCAAUUUCGAAGUGGGUAUUUUAAUACCUGGUCCAAUUAAAAUAUUCUCAUUUGUUGAUUUGAUAUACAAAGCCACCGAAGGAACAAGAUUAGGAAAUUCUGAAGAUCAGGGAUCUCAAAUCACAAGAGAUGUGACAAAAAGUGCAGUCAUCGUUCCAUUUCCAAAGUCUCUGGUGCUUUACUCUGGUAACGAUAAACCUACAAAUGUGAAGUUACUGGAUCGUAUCCGGGAUACAGCACUACGAUUACAACAAGAAGAAGAUGCCGUACGUGGGUCAGGAAACUGA